GCCGUCAUGUAAAAAGAGCAAUCCGGGAGCGAGGGGGGCGGGGGUGUGCGCGCUACGGAAGCCGAAAGAGACGCGGGGCGGUUACAGGUGCAGCAGUAGCCGCAGCGGCAAUGGCUGCGGAUGGUGAACGCUCCCCUCUCCUGCCAGCCGACCCUGGCGAUGGGAGCGGCCUCGGUUCCGGAGGCGUGGUGGGGCCGGCGGGUCUGGGGUCGGGACCCACCUCGGCUGCUACGGGAAAACCCAACCCGCCACAGGGAUUUUCCUCCUUUAGCAGUCUCGAUGGGACCCAAGGACCCGUACAGCCCGCAGAAGAUCCCCCGCCGUAUUCCCCGAUGGCGUCCCCAGAGAGCGGCAGUGCCCCUAUGAUCACUUGCCGAGUCUGCCAGAGCCCCAUCAACGUGGAGGGAAAGAUGCAUCAGCACGUGGUGAAAUGCAGCGUUUGCAAUGAGGCCACGCCGAUUAAAAAUGCCCCACCUGGUAAGAAGUACGUCAGAUGCCCUUGCAACUGUCUUUUGAUCUGCAAAGUGACCUCACAACGCAUUGCCUGUCCACGGAUAUAUUGUAAAAGGAUCAUAAACUUAGGGCCCGUUCACCCUGGACCUCCGAGUCCAGAGCCUCAGCCCUCAGGUGUGCGUGUCAAUUGCGGCCACUGCGAAACUAAUUUCCUGUGGACAGAAUUCACCGAUCGAACUUUAGCCCGAUGCCCGCACUGCCGUAAAGUGUCUUCCAUCGGGCGCCGCUAUCCGAGGAAAAGGUGCUUAUGCUGCCUUCUGUUGGGCGUGCUAAUGGCCGUGACAGCAACGGGCUUGGCGUUUGGAACCUGGAAACAAGCCCAGCAGUACAGGGGUGUCUACGCUGCCUGGGCUGUGGUGAUUUUCCUGGCUUUGGUUUUCCUCGUUCGAGCUAUGUACUGGGCUUGCAUGAGAGUCAGCCGCCCCAUCCAGAACUUCUCGUGAGCCACUCCAAGCUCUCCUUGGUUUCCCACCGCUGCUCCACCACCUUCUCCCCGGGGACCCAGGGCCUACCUUUUCCCCUCCGCUUCCAUUUGAAGUUGGGUCUGCCGUGCCACCUUCUUGCUGUGCCCGCUCCCAGCAUCAUCAUCUGAGUAACUAUGGGACAACCCUGAUAUCUUCCAGUCUCCUUCCAUCUCUGUUGCUCUGAGCCAGGGUUGAUGGCAAAAGAAAGUACAAUUUGACUCCAAAGGAGCCAAAGGCCCAGUUCUGCUGGGUUCUGCCAUCUCUGGCAGGGGUUGUGUGGGCGAAGUUCCUAUGGAUCCUGCAAGUUGACAGAACACUAAUCGUUCCCAAAAGAAAAACUUGAACGCAGCUGGAUGGUUUGACAUCAAACCCACCAGCGGCUGUUGGCGGUGACGUUUGGAGACGACCCAGCCCAAACAGCGGAAUCCCUUACCUCAACACUACAAUUCUUCAGCGGGGGCACUUCACAAAAAUGGUGUUUUCAGAACUCUAUUCUCAGCUCCCAUCGGAGGCUUCUUCAAAAAAAAAAAAAUUCCUGGUCGAGAGGGGAAGGCAAAAGAGAGUCGAGAAAUCGCUGCUGUAUUGGGUUUUUUCCCCUUGUUUUUCUCAUCCUGUGGUCUGUAAUGUGGGGGAGGGUAGCUAAAAGCUGCAAGGUUUCAAAGGUCAAGGCAGUUUCAAAGGUCAAAGCAAUCCUCAAAUGUGAAUGGGGGCCCCUGGGGAAUGAAAGAAGGCCGUUCCAUAAAGGUUAGUCCCGAGGCCCUUGGAUUGGUCCAGAUGUUUGUUUCAUGAAUUUCAGCCCUUACCUCCCCCUGUCUGUGAUCUAUAGGGUGAGAUCCAGAGGUCUUCCGCUAAAGAAGUUUAGCUUCCUUGAUUGUGGGACUCGUCUCUUCUGUCGUUUCCUUAAUCUUUGCACAUUCCUCAAAAGAGCCACUUCCCAUUUUUCUUCUCCAGCAAUCCAGACUCUGUUUUCAGGAGCGAGAUGAGAGCAGCCUUAGGAACCACCACGUCUCUCUUUAAAGAGCUCUUUCAAACCAUGGCUACGGUGUUUGCUGUUUCUGUUAGAAAGGUUGAAGGGAGAACCAACUGGCAAACACCACCUGCAGUUGAUUGAGAGAGUGGGAGGUGGGGGGAUUUAUUCCAACCUUGACCUGAGGCGCAGAGCUAUCUUCUUCCAGAGCCUACUACGUCAGAUUUUCAUCCCUUCUUUUGUGUCACAAAUAGAUUGACAUAGACCGAAGGGGGAGGAAAAUAGCGCAUGCACUCUUGUCUUACAGAAGCAAGGAUGCCCUGAGUCAUGCAAGCAAAGACAUUCCGCUUAGGGAAAUGUCUCAAUCCUGGUACGAACCUGGCUUGAUUUUUCUCAGUGCUUGUCCUCUACACCUCCAUGCCCCCCCCCCCAUCUUCUCUCUCGGCCUCAAGAUUUUAAUUCUCCCAUCUUCGUGGCAUCAAGCUUAUAGCCCCAAGCCUGUUGCAGCUUGUAUAUAAGGAGUAAAAUGUACAUAGAACUAUUUAAGAUAACUUUUCUCCAUUUUGGCUGCCUGCUUGCCUGCCUGCCUUUGUGUGCUUGCACCGUAUGUCUGUCUCCUUUUUCAGCCAUGAUUGAACAUGUCUGUUGUCCUUUUCCUUCUCUUCCACAGGCACAAUUGGAUGGUUGUAAAUAAAUAAAAAGUAACUAUUGCAUAUCUGA